AUGAGUCUGCAAAAGAUCCAAAAGAGCAGCGGGGAACCCGACGAGUUUGAAGCUCAAGUAGCUCAAGAGCUAUUGAACUUGGAGAUGACGUCUACGGAACUCAAGGCAUCGCUUCGAAACCUUUACAUUACCGCCGCCAAGGAAGUCGACACGGGUGCCGGUCAAAAGGCCAUUCUCCUCUACGUUCCCUACAAGCUCCUGGUGAGCUUUCAAAAGAUUCACACCCGAUUGGUUCGAGAGUUGGAAAAGAAAUUCUCCGGCAAGCACGUCCUCAUCAUUGCCCAACGCACCAUUUUGGGAAAAUCCUACAAUCGCAAUCAAAAGACCAAGGGACCUCGUCCUCGCAGUCGUACUUUGACCAAAGUACAAGAUGCCAUUCUAGAUGAUAUCUGCUAUCCUACCGAAAUUGUGGGAAAGCGAACUCGUGUCAAGAUUGACGGUAAACGCGUCCUCAAGGUAUUCCUCGAUAGCAAGGAUCAAGCCAACGUCGAAGCCAAGACCGAGACCUUUGCCGCUGUCUACGGAAAGCUCACCAACAAGCAAGCUUCCUUUGUUUUUGCUCAGUAA